GCAGCCCUGGGGCUCUGCGGGACCCUGUGCCUGCUGCUGCCGCCGCCCGCCGCCGCCUGGAGCCCGGCCCUGCUGCCGCCCGCCGCCCGCAGCAACUGGUGCUCCUACACGGUGACACGGACGGUGUCGUGCCACGUCCAGAACGGGACCUUCCUGCAGAGGGUGUUCCAGGGCUGCCGCUGGCCCCUGGCCUGCAGCGGGGGCAGCUACCGCGCCGUGGUGAGACCACUCUACAGGGUGACCUACAGGACACUGACGGCGCUGGAGUGGCGCUGCUGCCCCGGACACGGCGGGCAAAACUGCGAGGAAGGCGAAGCCCCGCGGGGGGGUCCCCCCGUGCUGAGCCCCCUUUCCUCGGCUCGCCCCUCGCUCACCCUGCGGGACCCCAGCGCCGCCCCUCGCCGGCCCCCCCUGCACCCCGCGGCCUUCUCAGGGUGCCUGAACUGCAGCCGUGUCGGGGAGCUCACAGCGCGGCUCGCCACCCUCGAGGCGCAGGUGGCGCGGCUGGCGGUGGCCGAGCCCCCCAGGGGCAGCAGCCCGGGCAGGGCGCCCGAGGCCGGGCAGCUCUGGGGGUCCCCGGCCGCCCGAGGGAGCCCCGGCGAUGACGGGAGACCCGGCUGGAGGGGCCCCCCCGGGCCCCAGGGCGGCGCGGGAGGACGGGGAGUGAAGGGGCCCGCGGGGCCACCAGGUCCCCCCGGCCCCCCGGGACCGCCCGGCCGGGAUGGAGCCCCGGGGCUCCCCGGAGAGAAGGGGUCCCCCGGGCCCCCCGGCCCCCCGGGCCCCCCUGCCCCGCUGGGGCCCGCGAUCCCCCGGCUGGCCGAGCCCGGGGACCCCGUCCUGUCCAACACCUUCACCGAAGCCACCAGGAGCGUCGUGGGUCCCGUGGGACCCCCCGGACCCCUGGGGCCGAUGGGUCCCCCCGGCCCCCCCGGGCCCGUCGGUCCCCCCGGGCCCCCCGGACCCGAUGGCAGGGCAGGAGCGCCCGGAGCUGCAGGGCCCCCGGGGGACAAGGGGGACACGGGUCCCCAGGGCCCCCCGGGCAGCCGCGGGCAGGACGGGGCACAGGGCGAGCCGGGCCCCCGGGGCCAGCCGGGCGACAGGGGCACGUGGGCCAGUAGCUUCCAAACCCUCCUGCGGCAGCAGGCCCGGCUGGAGGUCCUGGCUAGAAGGGUCACCUUGCUGGAAGCCAUCAUCUGGCCAGAGCCAGAGCCCGGCUCGGGCAGCGGCGCCCCCGGCACGGCGACCCCCGGGGUGCCCCGUGCCAGGCGUGGCAGCGGGCACCCCCCGUACCGCAUCGUCACCGCGCCCCGCCACAACCCCCCUGGGCCGUGACAGUGCCACCCCGGACACCCCGGUCACCCCUGGGGUCACCCCUGUCACCCUGGUCACCCACGGGGUCACCCUGGUCACCCACGGGGUCACCCUGGUCACCCCACAGUGCCACUCUGGUCACCCCGUUCACCCCGGUCACUCCUGUCACCCUGGUCAUCCCAGUCACACCGGUCACCCCGCUGUGCCACCCUGGGGAGCAGGACAGGGCCACCCUUGUCCCCCCUCUUGGUGCUACUGGUGGCACAGCACCAGCCAACCUGCCAUGCUUUGCCCCCAUCGCUGCUGCCCCCCGAGGGUCAGGGGUGUCCCCAGUGCCAUCUCUGUCCCCUCCCGCCAUGGGGCAGCUCCAAGGGAUGGGUUCUGUACAAUUCCAUCCCAUCCCAUUCCAUCCCAUCCUAGCCCGGGGGAGGGGAUUGGGGGGCUCGGUGGGGACCCCCCUGGCGGGGACCCCCCUGGCAGGGACCCCGCUGUGCCGCGUGCUUUGCUGCUUUGGGACAUGCCAGGGCAUUAAAUGUCCCCAAAUCCA